CUCGUGAGCAGAAAAAAUGAACGAAAAAAUUUUAUUGGCGGAAAUAGCGGAAUUAAAGAAAAGAUUACGCGAAAAAGAAGCUGCUCUCAUAGCAUUGCGACAAGAGACACAAAUUUUACAAGAAAAUGGAUUAACAAAUACGGAAAUUGCACGUUACAGUAGACAAGUGAUUCUACCUUCCAUUGGAGUUACGGGACAAAUUAAAAUAAAGCAUGCCUCAGUGUUGAUUGUCGGGGCAGGUGGUCUUGGGUGUCCUUCAGGAUUAUAUUUAGCAGGAGCUGGUGUUGGACGCAUAGGAAUUAUAGAUUAUGAUGAUGUAGAAAUAACAAAUCUCCAUCGACAAGUAUUAUUUACUUCAUCAGACAUUGGAAGACCUAAAGCUUGUGCUGCUGCAGAACAUCUUAAUAGAUUGAAUGAUAGCAUCCAAGUUGUACCUUAUAAAGUCCAGCUAGAUAGCAGUAAUGCAUUAAAUAUUGUGAAAGAUUACGAUAUUGUUUUGGAUGCUACUGAUAAUGUUGCUACCCGCUAUUUGUUAAAUGAUGCCUGUGUUUUAGCAGGCAAACCAUUAGUAUCAGGUUCAGCAUUGCAAUUUGAAGGUCAAUUGACUGUGUACAAUUUUAGAGGUGGACCAUGUUUCAGAUGUAUUUAUCCAGACCCUCCACCUCCAGAAACAGUCAACAACUGUGGUGACAGUGGAGUCAUUGGAGCUGUAGUUGGAACAAUAGGAGUGCUACAAGCAUUGCAAGUUAUAAAUAUUAUUCUUGAUUUACCUGGAAUCAUGAGCCAACGUCUUUUAUUGUUCAAUGGAAUUAAUAUGAAAUUUAGAGACUUAACUCUCAGAGCCCAGAAUAAAAAGUGUGCAGUAUGUGGUCCUAAUUCAACGAUUCAUCAUUUAAUUGAUUAUGAACAAUUUUGUGGUUCUAAAGCAAAUGAUAAAAAUCCAAAUUUGAAAGUUUUGGAACAACAUGAAAGGAUCAGUGUUGUAGAUUAUAAUGAGAAACUUUCUUCAAAGCCUCAUUUAUUAAUAGAUGUGAGAUCUGCACAAGAAUUUGAACUGUGUCAUUUGGAGCAUUCUCUUAAUAUUCCAUUUAAAACAUUAAGCAAAAAUAAAAAUUUAGAAAAACUUCAAAAGGAAAUUAAUGAAAAUCAUUAUGAAACAAAAAAUAUUUAUGUAAUCUGUCGCAGAGGAAAUGAUUCUCAAAAAGCAGUCAAAAUCAUGAAGAACUUUUUUACAAAUUCAGACAUUCAGAUUAGAGAUAUCAUUGGUGGAAUUCAUGCAUGGACUUAUAAUAUAGAUACAAGCUUUCCUAUUUAUUAAUAUUAAUUUUAGAUUGUAUUAUACAGUCUAUAAAAUUUGUAAAUAAGUACCUAAAAGGUAGCAUUUUUAAAGCAUCAUGUGAUAUAAAUUAUACAUUUGUAAAUCUGCUAUUAUUUGCUUUUAAAUUCUGUUAAAUAAAUGAAUUUAAAUUUAAA